AGGAUAAAAAAGAGUAGGUUAAGGCAAGAGAGAAGAAAAGUCUCUUUUCUUGUUCAGUUUUCUUAUACUUUCUGUUGUCUUCUGGGGGAUUGGGUUCUUAGAAAGGGAAAACCCAGUUCUCUUACACUUUCUGUUGUUUAUCUUUGUAGAUUCUUGUAUCUUGUCUAGGUUUCUUUGUUUUCUCUGUUUUUUAAAGAGAUGGGGAUGGUGUAUUAUCAGUUGUCAAAGUCUUCUUAUCAGGAUUUUCUGAAAAUACUAAAGGCUGACAUACAGCAUGCAAAUGCUUUGGCUGCUGCAAUUCCAAGGGCCAAGAGUGGUGCUCACCUUCAAAUGAAAUUGGUGUAUAAUCAUUUGGCUCCCCUCUUUCUAUUUUUGUUACAGUGGAUGGAUAGUUCCUGCAUAUGUUUACUCCCUAGAUUUCUAAACCUCUUUCACAUUCUUGUAUACAAGGUCUAUACAGAUGGGAGAUCAAAUAUAUCUAGACGUGGAAGGAAGGCAACAAUUAGAGAGUUUUACGGUGUUAUAUUACCAUCUCUUCAAAGGCUCCAGGGUAACUUGGGGGAGUUGGAUGAUGAUAAGGAGGCUGGUGGGAGUUCUGCCAAGAAAAGAGUCGACUUAGAUAAUAGACAUGGGAAUAUUGAUUUUGAGAGGGAAGAUGAGUGUGGGAUUUGCUUGGAGCCUUGCACGAAAAUGGUCUUGCCUAAUUGUUGUCAUGCAAUGUGCAUCAAAUGCUAUCGCAAUUGGAACACAAAAUCUGAGUCCUGUCCGUUCUGUCGGGGUAGUUUGAAAAGGGUCAAUUCUGAAGAUUUAUGGGUGCUUACUUGCAACGAUGAUGUGGUUGACAAUAAAACUGUCUCACAGGAGGACUUGUUGCGUUUUUACCUCUACAUCAACAGCCUUCCAAAAGAUUUCCCAGAUGCACUUUUCUUGGUAUACUACGAGUACUUAAUUUGAUUUGAAGUCAUUGAGAAAUAUGGUGUACAGAUAGAAAAACACGGACCAUCAAAUGUAAAUAGAAUCUGGUAAGGAAAUUCUCUCCGCUUCUUACUAGAAAGACUCAGUCCCAUUUUUAUGCUUUUCAGAUAUUAAUGAACAUCAGUGUAAGAAAUCCCCAAUUAUUAAUGGAAGUUGUAAUUUCUGAAA